AAACGACAAAUACGACUUAUUGUAUUCUUCAUGUGUUUGUAUAUAUCUUUUGGUUGCACGAUACUAAUCAAAUUGUAGUACAAGAUGCUGCUUACUGCUAUUUGGAAGGAUUGGUCAGCCAAUAGACGGAUUGAUGAAUCUGACAUUAUGGUCGAGUACGCCAAAAGGGGAGCCUUUUUUUCUCGGUUGUACUGCGGUAGGAUAAAUCAUAUUGAAAACUCGUACUUCCCUUCCGUGAUUCAUUUUAUACACCGUUGCAAUCGAUUUACAGGACUUGGCGUUUUCUGUUCCAUAAGUUUUAUUCAACUAUCUCUAUCGCCAUAUAUUCUAGACAUUAUUUCACCGAACAACGAAACGCGAGAUUUAAUAUACAUUUAUCCAGCUUAUUAUUAUAUCGAUGACCGGAAGUACCGUAUGUUUAUAAGUUUUCAUAUGAUAUAUACGGUUAUAUCAACAUUUUUUGUGUAUGUCGGCUGUGAUGCGAGUUAUAUAUAUAUGGUGCAACACGCCUGUGGGCAGUUAGCGGUAGCUGGACAUCGUUUCAAGAAUGCGCUUUCAGAUUUGUCUGUCGACACUGAAAAGGGUGGAAUGCAGGAUAAGAGUUAUGAGAGAGUGCUUCAUUCGAUUCGAGAACACCAAUAUGCUACAAAGUCAGUACUGAAAUUAGAAAAACAUUGGUUGCCACCAUUCUUUUGUUAGCUUAUUUCAUGUAUUUAGCUUACUUUUCUCCAAAGACAUUAAAAACAACUAUGUUUUUGAAAAAAGGGAGUGCCCUACUGCUUGAUGUCAAUGUUGAUAGGAAUAAAUAAUUUUGUUU